GUGCGUCUCACCCUCAAGGGAUUCAAGGCGGCAACAAUUCAUCAAUUCAUUUCUUUCUGAGUAACUUCUGGAAAAGAUUUCAAAGCAGCUGUUAAGCAGUAUAAAAAGGCGCUAAAACGGGUUAACCCGCCGGGCGGCAAACCGGCGACUUUCUUCGCACGGACACGAGGAAUUUUCCGGCCAAAAUCAUUGUGUCUAUAAGUUGAGAAUGCCUCCCAGGAAAGAGCCGUGCCGGAAUUUCCUCCGUGGAAGCUGUCAUUACGGUGAUCGUUGUAAAUUUCUUCAUGUUACCCAACAACAGCCAAAACCAAAUGUAUUUGGAUUUGGCAGCCAAAGUGGCACCCAGUUUCAGAGGACGAAUUUUCAGCAGCAGCAGCAGCCGCCCAAUCCUUUCGGGUUUGGUGUUCAGAAUAGCUCUCAGUCAAGAGGAGCCAAUGAUGUUGGUUUAAAACAGAAUCAACACAAGCCAUUUGAAAAUAAGUGGAUCCGUUCAUCUGCAAAUGCCAGUAAUACCUCUGCGCGGCAACCUGACAAUCAGCAGGCAGCAGCAAAUCAUGUCUGCACAGAUCCAGAGUCUUGCAAACGUCAAAUCAUUGAAGAUUUUCAAAACGAGAAGCCUCUUUGGAACCUUACCUGCUAUGGGCACCGGAAAAAUGGUCCCUGUGAUGUCAUUGGUGAUGUUAGCUAUGAAGAGCUGCGAGUAGCAGCAUAUGAUGAUGCUAAGCGUGGGCUGAACUUACAAUCAAUUGUUGAGAGGGAGAGGGGUCUAAUUACAUCCAAGUUAGCUGAAUUUGAUAACUUAGUUCGUAAUUCUUAUUCAGCUUCAGCAAAUUCAGCUUUUGGUUCUGGUUCUCAAAGUCCUCUUUUUGGGGCCAGUCAAAAUGUCACGACGAGUGCUCAAAGUCCUCCACUCACCUCAAGUUUUAGUCAGUUGGGCGCUUUUUUGAAUACAGGGCUAUCAGCUACCCCAAGUAACACUUUGCAGCAAUCAAAUCCCUUUGAGAACUUCAGUCAGGUGUCGGGUACAUUUGGGGUGAAUAAUGUGCCAUUUGGAAAUGCAGGUUCUUUGGGCAGCCAGUUUGGUGCUCAGUCAUUUCAUAGCCCCUUCACCUCCAGUUCAGCAACCCUCAACAAUGCCAUGGCUGGUGAGAGGAACUCAUCUUCCGUGUCUCUCUUUCCACAACUUUCUGGUUCUGUUGGACAGUCAUUUGGCAAUACUGGCUUGAUGUAAGUCCCAUCAAUGAUGAUUUCUAUAUAUCACUGGCAGAAUCAAGUCUUAUCUAGAAUCAAUGUUUCGACUUUGUCUGGUGUUUACCAUUUCUGAAGUUUACCAAUGACAACCCCCCAGGCA